AAAAGCAAGAAUGACCGGCCGAUUGUACCCGAUUUUGAAGAUACGCAUAAUUGCUUAACGGAUGAUAUGUAUGACGAUUGGUUGUGUAUUUUAGCGGCCGAAAAUUUACAGCGGAUCAGUGAAGCGAUGGAAGAUGAUCAAAUUUUCCUAACCACUGAAACCGUCGAAUACAUUUUCACCGUUUGCGUUCGUCUUCGUCUUCCUCAAGAAAUUAAAUACUUGGCUGCAAUUAUUUUUAACAAAUUUAUGUUGGUUCACGUUGAUGAUCUGUAUAAAACUGUGUAUGAAACACCUCAUCCGAUUGCUCACAAACAGAACGAAUGGGAACGUAUAGAAGCGAAUAUUUCUCGACAAAUACCGUUACGAAUUUUAUCCGCAAUUCAGAUUGCCUCGAAGCUUCAUAGUUAUCAUGAUAGUUUAUCGCGCUCAAUGGUAAAAUUAGCACUAAAAACGCUUGGAUACGCAUAUACCGUAAAUUCGGUAAUGCGCUCUGAGAUUCGAAUUCUGAGUUCGUUGGAUUGGAAUGUUUCGUCGCGUCAGUCGCCACUUGUUUAUGCAGAAACGUUACUGAAAAUGCUCGGUUCGAUUUUAACUAUCGAUUCGCUUCGAGUGAAUUGUCGUAAAGCGUUUCCAGAACGACGGUUAACCCGUACAUUCAAUACGGCUGCUUAUUGGCAAUUUACGUUAUUGUGUAUGGAUUGCGUAUUUAUGUUCUGGGACGAAAUUCUAGAAAGAAUGUUAAUCAAUGUUCUUGGAGUGGCUGGCAACAACUUUCCAAGGUCUGUCAAUUGA